AUGUCAGGGACGGCAAGCCACUACGCCCUGGCGCUGUUUUCUCCCUCAGGCUAUGAGAGGCAGUCGUCUCGAAUGCUUUGGAUGGGAAAACUCAUGCCAUCUGCCUUCCACGGCUGCAUAUACUUAAACUUUGACCUUGUCUUAUCUCAUAUAGAUCAUCUUCAGAAACUUGAAGAGCCAAAAGGUCUGGUUUUGCUUCUUCUCGGCAGCGCUGCAGAUCGCAUUGCAAUGGACGAGUUAAUGCAAGGAAUUACUUAUAUGAGAUCAAGCCUGAAUCGAGAAACGAAAGCCGAGGAGUGA